AUGUCUUGUACUGAAGAGUCUGAUGAUCAUUGGAGUUAUAAUGAUCCAUCCAAAUGGCAUGAACAUUUUCCAGCUGCUGGUGGUAUGUCUCAAUCACCUAUUGAUAUUAAGUCUCGUCAUACAAUCUUUCAACAAUAUUUGCCAUUCGUAUUUUCUCUUGAUCAUACAAAUCAAAUUAUGUUAACAUUGACAAACAAUGGUCAUCAGAUUACUGCAAUAUUAUCAAAAGAUUUUGAAAAUCAAAAUCAAACGAAUUUAUCAUGUACUGGUGGUGGUCUAAAUGGAAAAUUUAAUUUUGUCAAUUUUCAUUUACAUUGGAGUAGAAAAGAUAGACAUGGAUCUGAACAUGAAAUUGAUGGACAUACAUUUCCAGCUGAAGCACAUUUUGUUUAUAAAAAUCUUGAAACUCAACAAAUUGCUGUACUUGGAUUUUUUUUUCAUGUUAUUCGUUCACAUAAUGAAGAAAAUAGUGAAUGGAAGAAAUAUUCACAUAUUGCAAGUCUAUUGACAAAUAUUGGUGAUAAAAUGAAUUGUACUUUCAAUUUAAGUCAUAUGAUGCAAAUUGAAAGCAGACGAUUUUUUCGUUAUAUGGGUAGUUUGACAACACCACCAUGCACUGAAGGUAUUAUAUGGACAAUAUUUCUUGAUUCAAUUUCAAUAACCGAAGAAAGUUUAAAUCUACUUCGUCAUAAUGUCAUGCGAAAAACCUAUCGACCAAUUCAACCAAUAAAUCAUCGAAUUAUUCACAGAAAUUAUAAUCAUUGA